AUGGUCGCUACGUCCACCGUGCUGGCCGGUGCUUGGUGGGUGGCUGCGGGCCUCUGUGCCUCCGAUAGUACGGCCACGGCCACGAGCUCGGCCGUCAGAGCCCAGUUCACUGUCCCCGAGUCAGCCGAUGUCGGCCAGAACUUGCUGCCCUGGAUCAACGACCCUGAGGCCAUCGACCCGCAGGCUGUGUGCCCUGGCUACAUUGCAACGGCCGUGACCUCGAGCGGUGGUCACCACCACGACAGCCACGGCCGCGAUGCCAACACCACCGCUUCGGGCGUUGGUGCUACCUUUUCCGCCUACCUGGACCUCGCCGGCGAGCCCUGCCACGUGUACGGCAACGACGUCGAGCACCUGGUGCUGACGCUCGAGCUGCAGGCCGUCGACCGUGUGCGUGUCAACAUUGCGCCGCGCUACAUUGGUGCCCAGAAUGCCUCCUGGUUCGAGCUGCCCGAAGUGCUGGUGCCCACACCGUCCGGGACCUACUCACCGCCGGCCGCAACGUCGUCCAGAGCCGUGAGACACCACGCAGCUUCCGGGGAUGCAGCUGCCGGCGGCUCGCUGACGCAGUCGGACCUGGCAUUCAGCUGGUCCAACUCGCCCACGUUUGGCUUCGCCCUCACCCGCAUCUCCACGGGCGACGUUCUCUUCUCGACCAACGGCACGAAGCUUGUGUACGAGGACCAGUUUAUCGAGUUUGUCUCGCCCCUGCCCGAGAACUACAACCUAUACGGCCUCGGCGAGGUGAUCCACGGUUUCCGUCUCGGCAACAACCUGACGCGCACUAUAUUUGCCGCCGAUGCGGGCGACCCCAUUGACGGAAACAUUUAUGGCAGCCACCCAUUCUACCUGGAUACGCGCUACUUUGACAAAGCCACCGGCAAGUACGCUGCCAACGCCACGGCCGGUUGCAGCUCGUCGCCGACCGCGUACGAGUCCUACACACAUGGCGUCUUCCUCCGCAAUGCCCAUCCCCAGGAGGUGCUCCUGCGCGAGUCCAACAUCACCUGGCGUGCGCUCGGCGGCGAGAUCGACCUGUACUUUUACGCCGGCCCCUCUGCCCCCGACGUCAUGCAGUCCUACCAGCAGACCACCGUCGGUCUUCCUGCCCUGCAGCAGUACUUUGCCUUUGGCUACCACCAGAGCCGCUGGGGCUACGAGAACUGGACCGUCCUGCAGGGCGUCGUCGACAACUUCAAGGCCGCCGACAUCCCGCUCGAGACCAUCUGGACGGACAUUGACUACAUGAACCAGUACCGCGACUUUGACAACGACCAGACGCGCUUCGGCUAUGCCGAGGGCGCCGACUUCCUCCGCCGCCUGCACACCAAUGGCCAGCACUACGUCCCCAUUGUGGACUCGGCCAUCUACGUGCCCAACCCCAGCAACAAGAGCGACGCCUACCCCGUCUUCGACCGCGGCGUCGCUGCCGACGCCUUUCUGCUCAACCCCAAUGGCUCGCUCUACAUUGGCCAGGUCUGGCCGGGCUACACCGUCUUCCCCGACUGGAUCGGCGCUGUGCUCAACGGCUCCGGCGCCUUUGGCUGGUGGACCAACGAGGUCGUCAACUGGCACAAGAACGUGUCCUUUGACGGCAUCUGGAUCGACAUGUCCGAGGUCUCGUCGUUUUGCGUCGGCUCCUGCGGCAGCAACAACCUGACGCUCAACCCCGUCCACCCCAGCUUCCUGCUGCCCGGCGAGCCCAACAACCUCAUCACCCAGUUUCCCGAGGGCUUCAACAUCACCAACAGCACAGAGGCGUCGUCGGCGUCGUCUGUCGCGUCGUCGCAGGCUGCGGCCACCUCGACGCCCGCCUCGCCGUCGACGAGCACCACGUACCUCCGCACAACGGCGACGCCCGGCACCCGCAACGUCAAUUACCCGCCCUACGUCAUCAACAACGUCCAGGGCGACUUGGCUGUGCAUGCCGUCAGCCCCAACGCGACGCACCACGGCGGCGUGCUCGAGUACGACACCCACAACCUCUACGGCCACCAGAUUCUGAAUGCCACCUACAAUGCCCUGCUGUCCGUCUUCCCCGGCAAGCGGCCCUUCAUCAUCGGACGCUCGACGUUUGCCGGCUCUGGUAAAUGGGCUGGCCACUGGGGCGGCGACAACACCAGCUUGUGGGCCUACAUGGUCUUUUCCAUCGCCCAGGCGCUCUCUUUCUCCGUCUUUGGGGUCCCCAUGUUCGGCGUCGACACCUGCGGUUUCAACGGCAACUCCGACAUGGAGCUGUGCGCCCGCUGGAUGCAGCUGUCUGCCUUCUUCCCCUUUUACCGCAACCACAACACCCUGAGCGCCAUUUCACAGGAACCCUAUGUGUGGGCCGCGGUCGCCGACGCCUCGCGGACUGCCAUGGCCAUCCGCUACAGCCUGCUGCCGUACAUGUAUACGCUCUUUGCCGACGCCCACGACACCGGCGCCCCAGUCAUGCGGGCCCUGGCCUGGGAGUUCCCCACCGAGCCCUGGCUGGCCAGUGCCGAUCUCCAGUUCAUGCUGGGCCCGGCCCUGCUGGUCACACCGUGUCUCGAGCAGGGCGCAACGACGGUGAAUGGCGUGUUCCCGGGCGGUUCGAGCAGCGGCUCCGGCAGCUCCGGCAGCUCUUCCGGUUCGGCUUCGGACACGCUCUGGUACGACUGGUACAACCAGACCGCCGUCAAUUCGUCUUGGGUGGCGCCUGGCAACAAUGUCACCAUCGACGCGCCCCUUGGCCACAUUCCCGUCUUUGUCCGCGGUGGCCACGUCCUGCCCAUGCAGAAGCCCGGCAUGACGACUGCCGAAUCACGCGCCAACGAUUGGAACCUACUGGUUGCCCUAGACGCCAAGGGCGGCGCGGUGGGCAAGCUGUACCUCGACGACGGCGAGAGCGUGCACCCCAACGCAACGACCUGGGUGCACUUUGCGGCAUCGUCGGGCCAGCUGACGGCGACGUCCACUGGUAACUACACCUCGAGCGGCAGCAGCAGUGGCAGUGGCAGCGCCCCUGCUCUGGCCAACGUCACCAUCAUGGGUGUGGCCUGCCAACCAUCCAACGUCUCGUGGAAUGGCACUGCCCUCAAGAACACCCAGUGGACCUACGGCAAGAGCACGCAGCUCCUGCAGGUCACUGGCCUGCAGGACAGCACCAGUGCAGGUAUCUGGGACGGCAAGUGGAACCUGUCCUGGGCAUAG